CAAAAAAAUUCCGUCACUGAAUGCUUAGUUUUUUGCGUUUGUGUUUUGUUUUCCAUGACGAAAUCUGUCAAGAUUGGGUAGCUAUGUUCGUUUCUGUUGCCAUAACAUUUUAUUCUUUCGUACUGAGCGCGGCGAAGGUUGCCUUAGGUCAGUACUCUAGAGUUUCGUUGCUGUAGGGUAUUUCCCUUUGGAAACCAAAAGCUAACUUUGACGAAAGAAUCAGCUGUAUCACGAGGCACAAUGAUUUUUCGCCGAGAGGUCAUCGGGCAGUUUCACUGCAAGUUGCUCCUUACCUCAGAGAUUGCAAAAGCAGAGGCUAUCGUCGUCGAGCCAGUCAAACGGAAAACGAGUGAGGUUAUACUUAUCUGAUUCAAGUUAAUCGCAGAUAGAGAUUUUAAUAGAUAAAAACUUCGUAGUUCAAGUGCAGCAUUGUGAAGUGAUCCGUUUCGAUGAAUGGCAAACAACUGAAAUCAGUAUUGUAAAUAAAUAUUUCGUACGCAUGGACUUUCACACGGCACUUGGAUUCGCUAUCAUCUAAUUCGAUAACAUACUUUUAUUAUUUAUCUCGUUGCAGUGCUGUUAUCCCAACGACAUUGCUACUGUUGCUACUUUUAGUUUCUUGAGGGCAGGGGAGAUUGAUGGCUCGUGGGAUGGAUUCUCCUAACCUAGGUUAGGAGAAUACACGGUCCCUUUGAGCUUGUGUUUAUGCCAGUAUCUGACUGUACACACAACAAGAUAUCGGUCUGCUCAGCAAAGGGCUCGAACUUUAUUACAAAUGACGUAUUUCUGUUAUCAAAAUACGAUGAACACUACAAUUGGUAGGAUUUUCGUACGAUAAGAGAAGUGCAGAUGUAGUCAUGUGGAAAGACAGGGGAUAUGCGUAAGGAGCUCACCAUUCUACGCAUGCGAAAUUUCAGCCUAAAAGAGUGUUGAACAAUCGUGUACGGUGUGGGAAGAGGCCCUUUAAUCAGCAUUAUUUUAGCAGAAUUGAUUGGUUUAUAUCUCCCCCCGGAUUUGACUAAUGGUUUGUGUUCGUGACAGCCGUCUUCGGUACGUAGCAAAAGGCCGAUGACAUUUAAGAGUAAAAUCUCCUCGAUGUCGGCGAUCGAAACGCGUCCAUGUUUGCCAUACAACUACAUCCUUUGGAAAGGAUUGUAUAGAAAUACCCGGUAUAUUUGUACUGUUCUUUAAGCUAACAUCGUUUGGCACUCCGGCCAACAAAUCGCACUUUCAGUGCACAAAAAAAUAGUCCAGGAGAACUCGCUAGGCGCUAAGGUUGGUUAUUUCUAAUUUUAAAUAGAGCUAAUAACCAGAAAAUGCAAAAAAAAAUUUUUAUGUCAUAGGCACUUUAAAAUGAGUAUUUUGGCUUGACUAGGUUCCUUUUUUUACAACCAACUUAAUUCAGCGUUGUUUUCCACCAAUGAAACUUUUCAUCAAUGAGCCUCCCGUUUUGGAAGUGCCAUUACCAUUGUCACUGUCACUGUCACUGUCACUGUCACUGUCACUGUCCCUGUCCCUGUCCCUGUCCCUGUCUUUGUCCCUGUCACUGUUCCUGUCACUGUCACUGUCCAUGUCCCUGUCACCUCCACUUUCACUUUCACUUUCACUUUCACUUUCACUGUCACUUUCACUGUCACUUUCACUGUCACUGUCACUGUCACUGUCACUGUCACUAUCACUGUCACUGCCACUGCCACUGCCACUGCCUCUUUCACUUUCAUUGUCACUGUAACUGUCACUGCUAUUGCCACUUUCACUUUCACUUUCACUACUACUGCCACUUCCACUGUCACUUUCACUGUCACCGCCACUGCUGCUGUCACAUUCACUGUCACUGUCCCUAUCACUUUCACUAUUACUGUCACUAUCAAUUUCACUGUCACUGCCACUGUAAAUUUCACUGACACUUUCAUUGUCACUGUCACUUUCACUGCUAUUCCACUUUCACUGUUACUGUCACUAUCACUGUCACUUUUACUGUCGCUUUCACUGUCACUGCCACUUUCACUAUGACUGCACUGUUACUGUCACUGAUACUGUCACUUUCACUAUGACUGCACUGUCACUAUUACUAUCACUUUCACUGUCACUGUCACUGCCACUGUCACUGCCACUGUCACUGUCACUUUCACUGUCUCUCCUUCACUUUCACCGUCACUGUCUUGUAACUGCCACUGCCACUGCUAAUGCACUUUCACUGUCACUGUUACUGUCACCGUCACUGUCACUGUCAUGUUUAUGGUCACUUUCACUGUCACUUUCACUGUCACUUCCACUGUCACUUUCACCGUCACUCUAACUUUCACUGUCAAAGCCACUGCCACUGCCACUGCCACUGUUACUGUCACAGUCACUGUCACUUUCACCGUCACACUUACUUUCACUUUCACUGUCUUGUUACUGCCACUGUCACUGCCACUGUCACUCACUGUCACCGUCACUUUCACUUUCAGUUUCACCGUCACUGUCUUGUAACUGCCACUGUCACUGCCACUGCUAUUGCACUUUCACUGUCACUGUUACUGUCACCGUCACUGUCACUGUCACUUUUGUUGUCACUUUCACUGUCACUGUCACUUUCUCUAUUACUGCAUUUUCACUGUCAUUGUUACUGUCACUUCCACUGUAAAUGCCACUGCCACUGCCCCUACCACUGUCACUGUCACUGUCACUGUCACUGUCAUAGUCAUUGUCACCGUCACCGUCACUGUCACUGCCAGUGCCACUUUGACUGCCACUGUCACUCAUUGUCAGCAUCACUUUCACCUUCACUUUCAAUGUUGUUUUCACUGUCACCGUCAUCGUCACUUUCUCUAUCACAGUCACUGUUAUUGUCAUUGUUAUUGCGGUAAAUGUCAUUAUUAUUACAGCUGUCAUCAGUUUUAUUAUGGCUUUAUUGCCAUGGUUACAAUGAAUUGUUGUUGUUUUUUGAUUGAAUAGGUGAAAAAUACUACUGGCAGCACGGGCAUCAUAGGACCGCCUGGAUUCAACGGUAGUAAUGGUGACAUUGGACCUGCUGGACCUGCCGGACCUCCAGGAUACAAUGGUACUAAGGGUGGCAUUGGACCUGCCGGACCUGCAGGACCUGCAGGACGUCCCGGACCGCCAGGAUAUAACGGUACUCAGGGCCCCGCAGGACCAUCUGGAGAACCUGGUGUUCAGGGCCUUCGUGGACCAUCCGGGUACAAUGGUACCCAAGGACCCCCUGGACCCGGGGCCAGUUCCUGUGCUUUCAAGACUUCAUUCAGUUCUGGAAUGACAGCAGACCCUGCCGCUACACAAGAAGUUCAAGUUACGGAACCAAACGUAGGUUACAGAUCAGCUCUUUAUUGGGUACAGAAAAAAGAAUUGAGCGAUUUAUCAGCAAUUUGUUCCCAAAAGUUCUCUCUUAUUCGUUCUUCGAUAUCAUAAAUGAACUUUAGGAAGCUUUGACACUUUUGAUCUCUAAAUUUAACGCAGAGUGGUUCCCUGGAUUUUUUCUCAAGUUUAAAGGUUGAUAGGUUGAAAUGUUGCAAUGAACGAAGAUUUCCCAAGAGAUGUGUAGAUUUGAAGAAAACCUAUCAGCACAAUUUCGCAGCAAAAACGUUUGAUGGUGACAUUUUCUACUUUCAUAAGAGUGGUAUUAACGUCGUUUUCAUGCAAAAAUCCGCCUGUAUUGGUAUUUUUGCCCGAUUUUUAGUGAAUCAACUGGUAUUUUUACUUCAAAAAUUUUUCUCUGAAAUGACGAUUUACGAUUAAAAAUGUCCAAUACGCAUAAUAUGCAAAAUGAUCUGGGUUAUCAGCUGCUAAACGCUAUCAAAGAGAAAGGAUGGCGAAAUAGCCGGAAAAAUUUAAAGGUCAAGCCGUUUUCUUAACUAGUUGUUUACUCAACUUCACGGCCAGAAAAUUCGUGUAACAUUCAUCGAUCUGCAAAUUCUGAAAGUUGUAUAAUUCUGAAAUAAAACAGCUUCUAUUUAAAAAUUUUUAAGACAUAUUAACACUUGAAGUAAUAUUUAUAGGUACAAAGAGUGUCCAAAUAUCGAAAAGCCUCACUUAAAGGCAACAACCUUCCUUUAUUUUUUCCACCUUUAGUCCGUCUCGCUUUUGAGAUUCGAAGUAUACUCAACUCCCAAGUUCAUUUCGACGCUUUUGAGUCUCAAAUCUUCAUCAGUUUUUGGCGAGUUGAUGUUUUUAGCAUAUAUGAAAGAAGACAUUGAACAAACUAUUACGAACUUCAGCACGAACUUAUUGGGCAGGUUUAUGUUACCGCUAGAUGUCAAUUAACGUGCGUUCUUCACAAUUUCGUACCCUUCAGGAUAUCUACGGUCAGUUUUAUAAUUCUACAAGUAAUGAACUCUUUAGCCUGUCAGGGCACGAUGAAAGGUUUGCAAAUAUAUUUAUUUUCAAAAAAGUUGCUGACUCUGUAUCUCGACCAAUUAAAAAAAUAAAAUGAUUUGAAAAGAUGAUGCGCGAACGACCUGCCCGUUUGGGAACCUGGUAAUGCAUUGGUUUAUCCCAGCUUAUACAUUUAGACGCCGGUAUUUAAAAAAAACGCGUAUUUCUUUGUUAAUAUAAGUUCCUAGAUUUGAAGGAUGCAUUUAUUAUAUAUGCCUGUGAUAACAUGGUGCACAAAGUAUGUCUCAGAUUAUGGUUGCUGGCCGUGUGCAUCUUACAUCAUGAAUGAUAUAACAUGUACACUUGCCUAAUCUCGAAAAGGAAAAAACUGGUUUAGGUUUUCACAUUUCGAACUCUUGACACCAUUUUUUAUUGUCAUUAUUGUAUCAUAAUCAUUAAAGGUCUUUUUUCUCCUUCAGGGUAAGACGGUUAUUGGUGUAAGCUGUGAUACAAAUGAUGCAAAAGUUGCUAAAUUAUCAAGCACCAUCUCAGGUGGAAAGAGAACCUUCAAGUGCUCUUGUGAGGGUACCCUAACAACUGGAGAACCAAAGAUGUUUUGCUAUAUCCACUACUGGGAGUGUCAGUUAUAAAGAGGAAAACGUUAAGCCAUUUGUUUAACAGGAGUCGUUUUAAAGAUGUUAAUAGAAUAUUGAAUCAAAAGCGAGAAGAAAAAACAAUUUAGUUGUCUAACGUAAGCGCUAUAUUACAUUUGUAUUUGUAGCAAAUAUUGUUUACAGAAGAAACAAGGCUUUCUUGCCUUGUACACUGCUGGAAACCUAAAACUAUUCCCUUGACAUGAUACUUUGUAUCAAACGGAUAACAAAUCGGGGGUGUCAAACCAGCGGCCAGAUAAAGAAAACCAACGAAUCAAUAGAAGUUAAACUGUUUUAUUUCUUGACGGCAUCAUUUUAAACUAUGUCGUCGAGUCAUAAAUAUUUUUGAACUUGCAAAGUUGUGGCAGGUUCCGAAUAAUGUAUGAGUUAAUCACAUUGCAGCCAUUAUUUACAGCUAAUUUAAGACUUAGUCCAUCGCUCUGUAGGACGGCAACAGAAUUAUGUCGUUAUGAGCGUUAUGUCGUUUUCUGUUGGAGGGCAUUUCAACUACAUCCUUUCCGUAGCGCCUAGUGGAUGGUCAGAUCAGUCUAUAAUGCUAAGAGAGACAGAGAGACAGAACGAAAUGCGUCCCCCCCCCCCUACCUCUUAUACCUGCACUGCUUUUGCCUUCUCAGAAUGUUUUGGUUAUUUGUUGUUGUUGUUGCCUUCUGGAUUAUUUGGAGAUUCUGCUGGUGUUAGGACUUGAGACGAAUACAGAUGACUCAAGGCUGCUUAUGAUCUAGAGCAGGCCUUACAUAAGUACUGUUUGCAACUUUAACUUUACAUUUCAGGUUUUUUAUUGGUCUCAAAUAGAAUUCCUGAAAGAGCUGUGAGCAAAUUCAGUUCUUUCAUCAGCAUUGUACAUUGGCUUUAUGGCUUCAUCUUAGGUAGAGGAAAACAAAAGUGGAUCGUCAUUAGAAAAACGAGAGUGGAGAUGAAUGUUUACAGAGCUAUACAAAUCUCCUUUGACCUCAUCUGAAAAACAGAAACAUCAUGUGCCCCUCGGCUUUUAAUCAUCUACAUAACGUCUUCAGAUUAUUGAUACACGGAUUAAAAACAUUUAUUUAAAACGAAAUCCAAAGAAGCGAGUUGAUUAUGACAGCCUAGAUCUAUAACAGGAGAGGGUAAUCUUUUUGUUAAAUAAUACUCACAUCACCAUUUUAAGUCAGUUGAAUUGUUCACUGUACUGUCUAUAAACUUUCUUCGAAACAAACGUUUACUUUUAUAUUUUCAGACAGCUUACGCACCAGUCAAUUUUCACUGUUUCCCAUAAGAGCGCCGUCUGUGAUUGCCAUAUCACAUCGCAUGUUAUUGCCUCUUUGGCCUGCCUAAGCUUGUCCAAAGUUAAUCCGAUCUGCAAACGGCAUAAUCAUACCACCCAAUGAUGGAUACUAAGAUCGAGGUCGGGCAAGAGAACGUUUAUUUCGAAAUGGAAUCUAAACAGGAAGAUCACGCCGAAACCUAUGACGAUGUAGUUUUCAGAAAGGACACUCCUUAGGCAAAGCCAAACGUAAAAGCACAGCUGUAUAGAGAUUCUGAUACAAUGAAACAUCACCGAUCACUGUUUAUCGCAUUUGCCACUGCUGUUGCUUCGCUCUUAACAGCCCUUACCACUUUAGUUUUUGCUGUGGCAAUCAUGACAAAACGGAAGGAAGUUUCUACAAGUACGGCUACCAUUGCCCCUUCCUGUUGUAAGUAAACAUUCGUAGGUCUUGAUCCAUUCAAAUCAUAAAUGUGAUUGAAAAAGUGAAUUGAUUAACGACGCGAUGAAGCAAAAAAUAAUUCACUCCAGUCCUGACCAUUUCCUGUCCAAAGAGAAACUUAGAGGAACUUACGUCUCGAUAUGAUUUGGGUGUUGUUAUUAUUUAGAUUCUUCGAAACUGGGUCAAUAAAAGCCAUACUCUUUUUUAAGUAAAAGCCCUAUUUAUCGACCAACUACACUCGCAUUAAGUUUUCACCCCCAAAUUAAAAAAAUAAUUUCUUGAAGAACUUCCUACAGAGUUUGAAAUAUUUGACCUUAUUUAUUAAGGCUUUCUUCACACUGAUGAUUUGUAUAGGAUUUCAAGUCUAAGAAAAUGACAUUGUUUUCAAGGGGCAAACCCUCUAUCAUAAUACUUAUCUGUGAUUGUGAACAGCAAGGGCAUUUCUAUAGUGUCUGCACAAUUUUAUAUUUAGACGAGGCUAAGUUGAGACAGUUGAGCGUUGAAUAACACAUUUCUUUAUUCUCCAAAACAGUAACCUCGUCUGCUCUCUCACCAACACAACUUCGAUUCGUAAGUGUGGCACAUCAAGCAUGUUACUGUAAAAGUACAUCGAUCAUUUAAAAAAAGAAAAAGUAAUAAUAUAACCUGCACUUUACUACUAGAUUCUUAAAUCACAUGUAAGGAAUAGUGAGCAAUGACCCCGCUGAUUGCUAUCUCGAACACGCAAGGGAUGAUAGCGAAGCGAAAUGUUCAACAAAGAGUCAUUACAUUUAUUUGUACAAAUGCGGAUAUAUAAUCAAUUUAUAAUAAAGUUCAGAUAUAACGCGCGCUGUCAUUGGUUGAAAGAGCGUGCUCUAUGAGAGUAUAGAGCAUAGAGCUGAGCUACAGCUGUCACGUCAUCUGCCAAUUGUACUAUGUUCGAGCUUUUCCGGGACUUCUUUUUAGUUUUUUUCCGAUAAUUGAAAGUGAAAUUUUGGAACUGAAGCGAGCCGGCAAGUAGCAACAAAAGAAUCAAGCUUACGUACGGUAAUAAAAAUCAAACACAGCUAACACUCGUAUAGUGUAUAAAGUUCAGUGUUCAAAAACAAAACAGAACAAAACAUAUGAUGAAAAAUAUAACCAAACUAGCAGAAUAGUUAAAAUUCAUACUAAUCAUGACGGUGUCUGAGCGAAUAUGAUCAUGCUGAAGUUCAUCGCGGCUCGCUCAUCAUGGCGAUCUCCGGUCAUCACAGUAAAGCAAGCCUCAGAAACUACAUCGGCCGCCCUUCAGGUGAAAAAAUAAGAGCUUGCUCUGAUAUCCUUUCCGAUACGUUAAGUGGCAAUUCACAUCAGUCACUGCAGCCGAGCUCUAGCCGCUUCCUGCGUGCUUUAUAACAGAACAGAUCACAGUCAAGGCUUCUCUAUUUGUUAACUAAAGUUUUAAUCUAACCCUGUCCGUUGAGUUAUUAUUCUUACUGUGGCAUGAUUGUUAAACUAUAUACUCUCCCAGGUAAGUCACGGGUUGAAAAGAAGGUUCAGGAGUUAGAGACGAUCCUCUCGGCUCUACAAAAAUGUUCGGUAAGAGUAAUAUAUAUAUAUAUAUAUAUAUAUAUAUAUAUAUAUAUAUAUAUAUAUAUAUAUUUUUUUUUUUUUUUUUUUUUUUUUUUUUUAUGAGAGUAUAGAGCAUAGAGCUGAGCUAAAGUUGUCACAUCAUCUGCUGAAUUGUACUAUGUCCGACCUUUUUCCCGGACUUCUCUCUAGCUUCUUUUUUGGUUAAUUGAAAGUGAAAUUUCGGAAGAAGAGAGCCGGCAAGUAGCAACAGAAGAACCAAACAAAGGUUUGUAAACAUGCCAGGUGCCUUAAUUUAAGUAAUUAUAACGCGUGCUGAGACGAAAAUCCUCAAAGAGAAAACGAAAUGGAAAGUCUUAGCUUUCAAGGUUCUCACGCUCAGUUUGAUUGUAAGCUUAGUUAUGGUAAUAAAAAUCAAACACAGCAAGCACUCGUUUAGCAUGUAAAGUUUCGUGCUCAAAAACAAAACAAAACAAAACAGGAACGAUGAAAAACAUUGCCAAAUUGGCAUAGCUGUUAAAAUUCUUAGUAAUCAUGACGGAGUCAGAGCGACUGCGAUCGUGUUGAGGUCCAUCGCGGCUAGCUCAUCAUUGCGAUCUCCAGUCAUCGAAGUAAUAUAUGCAAGCCUUAGAACUGACAUCGGCCGGCCUUCGAGUGAACUCAAGAAGAGGGGAGAAACACUCGGAUAGCUCAGCCGCCAGAAAACGGCUUGUUCAGAUAUUCUAGUCCUGUUUCUCUUUCAAGAGAGACACGACAAGCUCGAAUUUUCCUUUCGUAUUUUUUCGAAAACUCAAAUGGCCAGAUUUGUUCAUUUCAAUAAAAGCCAUCUAAGUUGUAGAUGUUAAGACUGUUUUGUUGACAUUUUUGCGGUUUUUAUCUUUCAAUACCCCAGGGGGUAAAGUCAUAUAUUUUAUGAAAAAAAAAAAAAAAAAAAAAUAAGUGAAAAAAAAAAAAUUCUGAGUCGAGUCGAAAACUUAUUUAUUCCAGCCCGGACCUCCCAGACCUCCAGGAUACAAUGGUACUAAUGGUGACUUUGGACCUACCAGACCUUCCGGACCUCCUGGAUAUAAUGGUACUCAGGGUCAUGCGGGACCAUCUGGAGAACCU